AGGGGCUGAGGGGCCGCGGGGCGGGGGGCUCGGCUGCCUCGGGAACCCUCGGCGGGAGCUCCGGGAUUGCCACCGGCCCCCGCSGUCGCCACCGGCCCCCCCUGUGCCAACCGGUGCGUAUUUACUUGGCAAAGGAGGUGGAAAUGUGCUGACGGCGUCCGCCGGAGCGAGGGGCUCCGCUGGAAACGGCUCCGAGCCCCGGCCGGAGCGGCGGGAGGCGCUGGGAGGGCAGCGGGACCGCGGGACCCCCGGCUCCAGGCACGGCUCUGGUGUCUCCCCGCGGAGACGGGGCUCAGCCAGCCGUGCCACCGUGCCAGCCGUGCCAGCCGCCCGUCCCUGCGGCUCCCUAGCGAAGGGUCCCUGGAUGCCACGGUGCAGGAUGGGCACCACGGCCGUGCUGCUGGCCCUGCUCCCCACGGGGACCGCGCAGCCCACGCCGCCCUCGGGCUGCGGCCACGACCUCUCCUCYCUCUACUACAACCUGUGCGACCUCUCGGCGGGCUGGGGCAUCGCGCUGGAGGCGGUGGCCAGCCUCGGCGUGGUGACCUCCUUCGUGCUCACCAUCGUCCUGGUGGCCAGCCUGCCCUUCGUGCAGGACCACCAGAAGAAGAGCCUGGUGGCCACGCAGGUCUUCUUCCUUCUGGGCACCUUCGGGCUCUUCUGCCUGACCUUCGACUUCAUCGUGGGGCCGGAUUUCUCCACCUGCACCUCACGCCGCUUCCUCUUUGGCGUUCUCUUCGGCAUCUGCUUUUCCUGCCUGCUGGCGCACGCCGUGGCCCUCAACUUCCUGGCGCGGCGGAACCGUGCGCCGCGGGGCUGGGUGACGCUGGCGGUGGCCCUGUCCCUGGCCUCGGUCGAGGUCAUCAUCAACGCCGAGUGGCUCAUCAUCACAGUGGCGCAGCGCGAGGGCGGCCCCCCGGACCCCUGCCAGCUGGCGGACGCUGAUUUUGUCAUGGCCCUCAUCUACGUCAUGGCCCUGCUGGUGGCCGCCUUCGGCACGGCCUGGCCGACCCUCUGCGGCCGCUACGGCCGCUGGCGCAAGCACGGCGCCUUCAUCCUGGCCACCACCGGMCUCUCGGUGGCCAUCUGGCUGGCGUGGACCGUCAUGUUCCUGUACGGGAACCGGCGCGCCGGCCGCAAGCCCGGCUGGGAUGACCCCACGCUGGCCAUCGCGCUGGUCUGCAAUGCCAGCGCCUUCCUCCUGCUCUACGUCAUCCCCGAGGUGACACAUGUGACGCGGGGCAGCCCCGAGCAGGCCUUCGAGGACGAUGGCUACCCCACACGCGGGGUGGGCUACGAGACCAUCCUCAAGGAGCAGAAGUCGCAGAGCAUGUUCGUGGAGAACAAAGCCUUCUCCAUGGACGAGCCGUCCUUUGCCAAGAAGCCGGUGUCCCCAUACAGUGGCUACAACGGGCAGCUGCUGACCAGCGUCUACCAGCCCACCGAGAUGGCUCUGAUGCACAARGGGACGAGCGAAGGUCCCUACGAUGUGAUCCUGCCCCGUGCCUCCACCAGCCCCAUGCCUGGCAGUGCCAGCUCCACGCUGCGAGCYGAGGACGCUUUCGCGGCGCAGGCGCGGCACUCGGGCAUCCCGAGGGACACCCGCAGCUGCCAGGUGCAGUCCCCGUACAGCAGGAACCGCUGGUGACGCCUCUGUGACACCGCUCCCGCAGUGCCAGCACGGCCACGGCCCCUCUGUCCCGCUGCCAAGGGCUCGCCGAGCCUCGUCCCACCCUGACGUGUGAAUCCCACCCCAGCUGGCGCCCGGAGCCGCUUUCUGCCCGCGGGAUGCCCGGACACGGUCCCGGAGCCAGCGCUCCCACCUGCCCGUCCCCCCUGGCCAUGGCACCCGCCACAUCCCUGCCUCCAGGACUGUUUCCCGUGGGGACACCCCCAAUUGUCGCCUCGCUGCCCUCGUGACGCACGGACAGCYCAUCCCCCAGGCCAUGGACCCUCCCAAGGCGGGGAGCCAGUGGGACCCUCGCCCGGGGCACCCACCCAGACCCCGGUCCCGCACUGACCCCCAGCAGCCCUGGGGACCCCGAGCCGAGCUGGCCCCAUGCCACCGCAGGGCACGAGGGGACACGAAGCCAUCCCCAGCUCCGCCUCCUGCUGUGCCUCAGUUUCCCCAUUGCUGGGGAAGGGUUGGYUGCCGGGGGUCCAGGGGAUCAGUGCCUUGCUGGGGCUGGGCUCUGGCCAGCCUUCUCGGUGCCUUCCCCCCUUGGGGCUCGGGGACCCCUCCAGGGAGCGGGGAGGGAGCUGGGCCCCUCACCCUCCUCGUGGCUUUCUCUGUCAAAUUUCCUCUUCCCACUUUUUUUCAGGUCACCCCAAUAAAGGUGGUUUUUCCUA